AUCUUUGAAGUUAGCGAGAGGAAUAGAUGGCUGGCCAUAGAAUUCCACAUGUUACACUGAAAGGCCCUAGUGUUGUCAAGGAGAUCUGUAUGGGCUUGACAGCGGGACUGAUAGCUGCUGGUCUCUGGAAGAUGCAACACUGGAACCAGCAGAGGAAAACAAGAGCUUUCUACGAUAUGCUGGAGAAGGGGGAAAUUAGCGUAGUUGUUUCAGAAGAGUAACCAUCUAUUUUGCUUUCAGUAUCAGAAAGAAAAAGACCUGCAUCCUUGUCUCAAAAGGUUCUGCCUUAUGAUCGUGCUUGUUAGUCCUGCAUUCAAAUAAUCUUGGAAAAUGUUGAGCAAACAAUAGUUAUGCUACGGCGCUUUUCAUUGUUUUUAAUGUGAAUGUUCACUGUUACAGUUUCUGUCGUGGUUUUGUUGUUCUAGCAACAGAGCCACUCCCUCCUGAAUAAAUAAGUUGAAACAUGCUCUUUUAA